AUGCGGUCAUCGCCCAACGACUUGCUCGAUAUAUGCGCAAACCUCCUCCCCAUGCGCCUGCUCGUGGCGAAGAUAUGCUUCCGCGCGCUUACCCGCGUAUCCGCGCUACCUGUCAACCACCCGUUACACUUAGUCGCGAUUCGUAGCGCGGCGGCCUUCCCGCGAGUGCACCGCACGCCUCUCCACUACCUCUAUCGACUCUUCCCCGAGGCGGCCCCCCAACACAGCGAAUACAUCGUCCCGAUGCGUUACGACCCAGCACACCUCAAGCCCACAUUCACCACACACAUCGCGAAGUCGCGUGAGGAGUCUCACCGAGAGGACGAGGACAUGGAUUCGGUCAUCAGAGUAUACUCGGAUGGCUCUGGCUACAACGGAUACGCGGGUGCUGCAGCUGUCCUGAUUCGCACUGACGGUGUACACGAGCAGCGGCGGGUCCUGCGUUACCGCCUAGGCCCACUAACCGAACACACAGUCUACGAGGCCGAAGCCGUCGGCGUACUGCUCGGGGCACACCUCUUGCACACCGAGGAACCCGAGCACGCGUCCAAGCCGUCGAGCAUCAGCCUCGACAAUCAGGCUGUCAUUCGGGCCACCGAACAUUGCACUAAGGCCCAACCCGGGCAUUAUCUUCUUGACUUGUUCCGAGACAGUGCUGACCGUCUAUUACAGAAGAGGAGACUGGGCUACUCGCUCGCGGUCCGAUGGAUCUCCGGGCACGACGAUGCAGAGUUCAACGAGUAUGUGGACGGGCAGGCCAAGAUCGCGGCCGACGGCCGCUCGAGCGUCAAGACUGACCUGCCCCACUGCUUACGCACGCCGCUGAGGGCGAGCGUGUCCGCGCUACGUCAAGAGUACGCGCGCCGAUUGAAGGAGCGCUGGCAACGGGACUGGUGCAUGUCGCCCCGUUAUCACCGCCACUGCCACUGGGCGCCCGACGCUACGUCACCGCGCCACAUCGCAAUCACGAACGAGUUGUCAAGAAGGGACAGCACGGUGCUGUUCCAACUCCGUUCGGGACACGCGCCGCUCAAUGCUCACUUACAUCGCAUCAAUUGCGCACCGGCGCCGACCUGCGAGGCGUGCGAAGAGGCCGACGAAACGGUCAACCACUUCAUUUACGACUGCCCCGCACGCCUGAGCGAACGCCGACAACUACGGAAGGCGGCGGGGAAAAAGUGGGCCGACCGGUCGUACCUACUGGGCGAGACGCGAGGAGUAAAGGCGCUGAUGGCGUAUGUGCGGCAAACGGGGCGACUACGAUGGGGAAGGCGUCAAGACAGCGAGGGGAGACCGGAGGAACGAACGGGACCGUGGGGAUUGGAUCGGAGAAGGGACGAGACUGGGAGGGAGGAAGAAAGGCUGGAGGACGACGACUCGAUGGAGGUGGAGAGACUAGUGGAGGAUGAGGAUGAGGAGGACGAAGGUGGAGGACUGGAUAUGGCGGGUUUCAUGCGGUGGUAUGAGGGGUUCAUAGGAGACCGGGGAGAAGGGGGCGAGACGCAGCGCGAGCGGGACGCCGCGACUGACGCCGACUAG